AUGGCACCCUCUUCGAAGAAGGAGCGCCACUCAGAGGACGACGACCUCGAAGCCGAGUCGCUCAUCCUCCAUCGCCUCUCCACCGACGCCUCCGGCACAUCGAGAAUCCAGUCCGUCAGUGGCAAUACAGACGCUGCUACCCCUCGCGUCACAGAUGCCUACGACGAUCUCGACGAAGACUAUGAUAAUAAGGAUCAGCGACUCGAAAAGCUCCCCGCACGUGGGGUGCUCGAAGGGUCGAACGGCUCGACGCGCAUCGACAAGACCGGUCGACCUGCGUGGUUCCGCGGCGUGCUGGACGGCGAUGUACCUUUACCGGGUAUGAGCGGGAGAGGCGCAGGAAUGCCUGCGUCAAUGGCACAGCGCAAUAGGAAGCAGCGUGCGAGGUGUAUGCGGCUGAGCAUGCUCAUUGGUGGCGGUGUGCUCGUGAUCGGUGCAUUCGUUUUCGCGCUCGGUCCCAAAGUGGGUGUGUCGCCGUCCAAGUUCUACGACUACAUGGGCGACAAAUGGUACGGUGACAGCGGCGUGAUUCCAUUCGAGUUUAACAAGCCUGUAGGAUAUCCUGGCUUCUAUACGACCGGGGUGCCGCCCGACUUUGCCGAGCACAUGACGAGAACGGCGGCAGCGCCUACACAGACGAUCGGAGCCUCGCCCAUCCAGACCACCAUCCCCGGCUUUCAGGAUCCCAACUUCAAACCCUUUGAGCACAUGGGUCCGCUCACUCCCUACCUUUCGUCAUCGGGCUGGGGCGUCGACGAUGCCAAGUAUGCCGGCACUCCGACAUCAUCCUCUGGUCAGACGUGCCAACUAUCCCAAGCGCACAUGCUGCAUCGACACGGCGCACGCUACCCUACUGCCCACGGUCCACCUGACGUCCUCCGCGACUUCCUCAAACAAAACCCACACCUGCGAUACUCGGGUAGCCUCUCGUUUCUCAACAACUACAAGUUUGGCGUCGGCGAGGAGCUCCUCACGCCUGUCGGCCGCGGUCAGCUUUACGAUUCCGGAGUCAAAGCUGCUUUGCUCUACGGCAAACUGACGGCCGAUGAUUUUGCGGAAAAGGAUGCACACGGCAAGCCGAAGACGCUCUUUGCGCGGGCCGGAAGUCAGCAGCGUAUUGUUGAUUCCGGUCUUGCAUGGCUAAAUGGCUUCUUCGGCGCCAACUGGACUUCCAGCACAUCGUUCGAGAUCCAGAUCGAGGAACCUGGAUUCAACACCACCACUGCGCCCGAAUUCGCCUGCCCGGCAUGGAACAAGCCGGGACACUCACCCGGCGGAGCCAUGGCAGAUCGGUGGGCAGCCAGCUAUCUUCAAGAUGCAAUCCUCCGCUUGGGACACGACUUUGGUGGGGCGACGCUCAACUCGACACUGCUGUUUGCGAUGCAGCAGAUGUGUUCCUACGACACGGUCGCUUUUGGAUAUAGCGACUUUUGUGGAUUGUUUACGAAGCAGGAGUGGCUGGACUACGAGUAUGCGUGGGACCUCAAGUUCAUGAACACCAACGGAGCGACCUCGCCACUCGGGCAUGCGUACGGGUUGGGAUGGGUCAACGAGCUCGUCUCACGUCUGACACGGACACCGUGGUCCCCGCUCACGCAAACUUCGGAGAACUCGACGCUCAACCUCGACGCGACCACGUUCCCGCUCGACCGCCGCUUCUACGUUGACUUUACACACGACUCGACCAUCACGUCUGUGCUCGCUUCGCUCAAUCUGCCACAUUUCGACGAGUCCCUGCAGGUGCCCGACGGCGGCAAGGCGGUGGACGCGAAGCGCAACUUUGUCACGAGCAAGGUCGUGCCGUUUGCAGCGAGGUUUGUCGUUGAGGUGUGGAAGUGCGACGAGGCGGACGAGUGGGUGAGGUUCAAGCUGAACGACGCCGUAGUACCGUUGGGCCAGUACAAGGAGUGCGAGCAGAGGAAGGAUGGGCUGUGCAGCAAGGCGAGCUUGCUCCAAGCGCUGUCGGGGAGGAACGAUCAUGGAUGGUGGGACAAGUGUAGGGUUUAG